AUGAUGGGUUUUAGGAAGCUGUGUCUGUUACUGCUGCUGAGCAGCUACACAUUGGCUCAGGAAGGCACUGACAUUAAUGAACAAACUUCAACAUGUCUGUUGGCAUCCACAUUCAAGGUCUAUAAGAAAUAUGUGUACCAGUAUACCACAGAGAGCAGAAAUGGUGUGGUGGGCACUGCCAACCUGAGGAACGGCCCUAAAGUUUCUUGUCGGGUAGAGAUUUAAGUCCCCCAAAUAUGCAGAUUCAUCAUGCACACCAGGGACUGUGUUGUCACUGAGAUGUCUGUCAUGGAUCCCUGGGGCCAUCCAGUCUACAAGCAGGCUCCUGGCUCUGAGGCCUUCCAGGCUGCCAUGGAACAGUUAAACCCUCUGAAGAUCACUGUAGAUGACAUCACCAGUAUCCAGCUUUACCCUGAGACAGAUGAGCCCGUCAACCUCCUUAAUAUGGGAAGACUUGUUUCGGCACUUAUGGUGCCAGUCAUGGAGAAUGAACAGAACAGCCUCAUGCAUCGCCCCAUUUCAAAGCUAAUCAAAAGCACUCAAGACUGCAACCAUCAGUUUGAUAACAAGGGAAAGAACAUCAUGACAGCCAUGUGCAUAGAAAAACGCAUCUAUCUGCCUUUCCUCCAUGGGGACAAUGGAAUAUUAUCCGCGGUGACCCAGGAUCUCAGCUUUCAAAGUUUUAAAAGGAUCAGCAACAGAGUAUUUGAUUUGAACCCUAGCCAGAGCAAGCCACUUCACUUUGAAGACCCUGACAAUAAAGCUCCAGUCCAGAUGAAGGACAGUGUUCUGAGCACCUUUCGGGACCUUGUAGCUUUGGCAGGUACAGACCUGGGUCAGAAGAGGACCAGCCUUUUCCAUAAGCUGGUGUCCAGCCUGCGACUCCUGAGGCAUGAGACCCUGAGCCAGACGGUUACUGAAAUGCUACAUAUGUCAAGGUGGCUCACCUGGCAGGCCCUGUUCCAGUGUGGAACCCCAUAGUGCACCAGUGCCAUCCUCCAGGCUAUCAUGACCAUUGAUGGGGUGUCACUACAGGUGGACGCUUUAGCCUAUGGGCUGAGUCUACAGGCUAACCCUGACACAGCACGUGUCAGAGGUAUGCUUAGCAUGGCUCACUAUUUAUACUGAGCCCUGCUAAGCAUGAAGCAGAGCAAAGCAAUCAUGUAUGCUCUGGCCAACACAGUCAAGAAGUUCCAUGAAGGAGAGGUUACUCCAGUGGUCACAGAUGUGUCAGAGUUCAUGGAGACACUUUUGAAUGACUGCUCGGGAGAAAUCCUUGAUUAUGACCCUGACUUUCCCACUGACCCUGAAAAGAUGUCCUUCCUUGUACUGAGGGUUGUUGGUGUCAUGGGUCAAACCAUGCAAGUUUUCAGCCCCAGCUUGAUUUCCUCUGUUUUACAGUGUACUAAGAAAACAGACAUUCCAUUCUCUAACCAAAAGGCAGCUAUAUAGGCCUUUAGGUUGAUGGACAUUAAUGAUCAGGUCAGAAAUGUUCUCAUGGGGGUAUAUCAAGACACUCAGAGCUCCGUUGAGAAACGCAUAGCAGUUUACCUGAUUUUGAUGAAGAACCCACAUCCUGCCAUAGUUAAAGUCAUUGUGAUCAAUUUGUAGAACAUGAGGGAUGAGCAGCUUAAGAGCUUUGUGGUCUCUCACAUGAACAACAUCCGCAACUUUGAUGAGCCACAAAUGUAUCAACUCAGGGAGUACAUUGAGUUGGCCUUGAGAGAUCAGCUAUCACCCACAAACAAGGUAUUUUAUGGUAUGCCACGCAAUUACAAAAUAGACUCUCCUUUAGGCUCAAUACAGAGCAACAUCAUCUUCAAUGGCAGGGAUCCUCUGAAAGAUAUUACAAACAGUGUCCAGAAGCUCAUGGAUGACAUGCAUUUCUCUCAAGCUCCUGAGGCCAUUGCCUAUGUUCGGCUUCUGGGAAAUGAGAUAGGAUACUUGAAGACCAGCAAAAUGAGAAAGAUGGCUGAGACUCUGUCCAUGUACUACCAUGUUUUCAUCGGGAUGCUAUCUAUGAAGAUCCUUUUUCCAUUGAUUUCUAGCACUGCCCACUAGAUCUUCCUAGAGAAUGCCCUCUCUCUACCCACUGCCUCUGGCUUUCCUCUGAAGUUGUCACUGGCUGGUGUGUUUGCACCUGGUGUCAAAGGAGGCCCGACUUACUCAGUUCCUAAGAAAAUGACUGACUUGUCCUUCAUGCCAUCAGUUGGGCCAGAAUUCAACCAAAUGGAUGUGCACAUUCCAGACUAUGUGGAGGCUGGGCUUCAGAUACACACUAAUAUGUACCCCGAAAGUUCCAUCGGUGCUAAAGUCACCGUGAACAGGAACCAGAUGAGACUGGGCCUGAGCACUGACUGGUGUGAGGACCCUAUUGGAAUUGCUAUCAACACGCUGCUGUUAGUGUCCUUUGGUCAAACAAAAAUAGUGCCAUCCCUGAUGGAGGACCGGACUAACUCAACUGACUGCCAGCCCCUGUUCAGUGGUCUGAAAUUCUGCACAAUACUGCGUUACUCCAAUGCUACUUCCAUGGACCAGGCCCCAUAUUACCCCCUGACUGGAGAAACCAGGUUUGCGGUGGAAAUCUAGCCCACUGGGGUUUCAGAGUACACUGCCACCAUCACUGAUGAAACGCUCAGGGAGGGUGAAAAGGGUAAUCAUAAAGUAGAGUCUCUGAAGCUAACCCUGAAGGCAGAAGGUGAGGAUUCAACAGAAGCCACUACCUCUCUGAAAUACAACCGGAAUAAGAAUGUUUUCACCACUGAUGUUGCCAUUCCUGACUAUGAUUUGGAAUCAGGCAUCAAGCUGGCUGUAAAUGAAAGUGAUGCUAAAGGAAAGAAGAUGCAAGGUUUCACCAUUGAUGUCACCAACAGGAAAAUUCCAGCAAGUAAGACUCUUGUUGGAUGCACAAAACUUGACAAAUAGAAGGAGGCCAUGCUUCAACUCCAGAUGGUCAUUCCCUCUCUGAAAACUGAUGCAUCUGUCACUGGUACCCUGAAGAAGGAUGGGGAUGUGCUCAUGGACAGUCCCACAAUGCAACCUGACUGCCGAGAGUUCAGUCAGAUAUUCGGGUGUGUAAUGCUAGAAGUGGAAAAUGUAGCCUUGACCCUCAAGUGGCUGGAUAAAUUAGCCGCACGCAUCCCCUAUCUUGCAAACCUGCGAAAUAAGAGGAGUAAAAGAGGUAUCUCAGAUCUCACCUUGCCAGCUCUGCCUGAAAAAAUGUUUCUGCAGUCUGACAGCUUGUUCCGAUACCAGUUCAACAAAGAUAAGAUGGCCAUCUCGCUUCCUCUUCCACUUGGAGGCAAAAACUCAGGGGAACUGAACAUCCCGACCACUUUGUUUAUUCCCUUCAUAGAUUUACCAGAGAUAGGCCUAUAUGUUCCUGCCAAAAACUAUUUAAUUCCAUUUAUCACUAUACCAUCUUCUUUGGAUUUCACUGUACCCCUUCUCGGUCUGGCUGAACCAUCCAGUAAGAUCAACAGCAACUUGUACUGUUGGGAAGGCUCCAUCACUGCGGGCAACUACACUGUCGAUGUCCCCAGCACAUUAUACAGUACAAUUGGUAUCAUUUCUUUUUGUCUAUGUCAAGGAACUGGGAUGAUGUCAGGAAGAGCUGACGACAAUCUCAAGUAUCUUCUGAAUAGUUCCUUCAGCCAUAGCCUCAUUGACACAAGCUUCAGUGUCUAAGAAACAUUAAAAGUAACAAACAAAUUGAAUGCAAAAGCCAACUAUAAGAUUGAAGCCACUAGUCUGGUAGGCCUGCAAGCUUCUAUCUGUUAUUCUGUUCAGUCAACAUCCACUCUAGACUCAGAUGAAGUCUCAAGAGAUGGCACCAUGGACGGGUUGCUUAAAAUAGAUUCAUUCUACACCAAUACCUCCUACACCCAUAGCUACAAUCUGCAAACUAGAACCAAUGACCAGAAGGACAUCUUCAAGAAUGUAGCAGAGCUCAAGUAUAAAGAUGUACAAUUGACCCUAAAAAACAAUCCUAUUGCCACAGUCAUGGGUAAAUCACUCAAUAACAAAGUUGAACUUGGUGUGUCCAGCCAUAUGGCCAUCCUCCAAAUUGUGUCACAGGCAGAUAAUGACACAAAUAGGGCAUACUCACUUAUAACAGGAUCCCUGGAUUCAAAUGGGCUUAAGAUAAACUCUGAGGGUUCCCUAACUUUUGACGCAGGUCGUGGAUUGCACAAAUGUUCUGUUAUGUUUGGAAGAAAUGGUCUGACCACAAUUGGAACUAACAGCAUUUAGUGCAGCCAUGUGACAAUGGAGAAUAUCCAAUGCGAAGCACAAAUUAAUUCGGAGCCUCUACAUUUUGACAGGACCAUUCGCACCAUGGCACUGCCUUUCAGCUUCACUAUUGAUGCUCUUCGCAAUAGUGGUGGAAAGUUGAAUCUAUAUGGGAAGCACACCAGAAAGCUAAAAUACAAUCUUGAUAAUAAACUUAAAGAAUUAAUGGAUCAGAUAGUGAUUCUAAUCAAGGAAUUCAAAAUUGAAGAGACUGUGUGGUCAGUGAUAGGUGGUCUGAAAUCUAUCAACUUUGUUUAUUAUAGAAUUAGGCAAUUUCUGCACAGUGUGACAAGCCAGCUCCGAGCAACUGACUUUAAGAUAAGCAUUGAUUAUCUUAAUGACCGAAUUUCUUCAAUGCUGAAGUUAAUGAUGGAAUUUGACUACAGUGCAUUUGUUGAUGAGACCAACAAGAAAAUUGCUGAACUAACAAAGUAUACCAAUGAGCAGAUUAAAAUAUAUGAGAGAGUGCAAAAAAUUGAGGCUGUUGGAGAAUUGUUUAGAGAGAUCCAACGCUCCAUCUUCACAUAUUUGGAUAAACUCAAAAACACAAAGGUGGCGGAUGCUCUAAAGAGACUGAAAAAUGUUAUCGACACUACAUUUUACAAUGACAUUAUGAUGAAAGUUCGGGAUAUGCUUGAGGACAUGAGACAAAGAAUCCUUGACAUGGAUAUCAGAGAUGAAAUAUACAUUCACCUCCAAAGAGCAAGUGAAUCCUACAGCAAUAUGGUUGUUUACAUUUCUGCACAAUUUAACCGACUGAUAUAAAAGAUUAGAAAAGUGGUGAAGGACAACAAGAUCAUCACCCAGAUGAAGCAAGCUGUAGAUGGAGUACUGGGUGCACUGAAAAGACCAGAGAUUGAAAUCGACAUUUUUAUUGUACUUCUUACUGACCUUUUCAUUCCAGGAUUCACAGUCAACCUCAACAAACUGCAGCAGAUAAGCGUUCCAGCUCAAAUUUCAGUCCCUGAGUUCACCAUUCUCAAUUCCUACACAAUUCCUGCCUUCACAAUAAACUUUGAUGAGAUCAAAGCAAAGAUUGUUGCAAUCAUAGAUUAAAUCAGAAAAUUUAAGAUCAAAACGCCUGACCCUGAGGAAAUCUUUGGUGACAUUAAAGUUACCUACCUAUCUGAACUACCAGAUCUCACAUUCCCAGAAAUAACUCUUUCAGAAAUAAAAUUUCCAGCCAUCAACAUCCCAAAAUUAAAUUUGAAGGACUUUGAAAUCACAAUGCUUCCUUUUCCAGAGAACAAAUUGCCUAAUGUUCCCAGUGAAUUGUGUAUAACAAUUUUCGGUAAACUCCAUGGAGAAUUUAGAGUGAACUCCCCACAGUACACUCUUGUAACCACAGGGAAGAUUGAGAACUCAACAUCCACACCUAAAAACCCACAACUUACAGCCACUAUUAUGUCUCAUGUCAAAUCACCCAUUGAGCCCCUUAAAUACACCUUUGAAGCCACAGCUCAGUUGGAAGCUCCCAGAAUGGAGAAGUUGCUAUUCACAGAAACAGUGAAAGCUACAUAUAUGGCCUUCUCCAUUGAUCAUGAAGGAUCCUUAACACUCAGGGGCUCUUCUGCUGAGGCUUCUGCCAAGAUUAUUACCAAGACAAUAACCUUAAUCUACACAGUGGACUUGGUCAACAAUAUGGCACUUACAUUGAAGAAUUGAAUCUCUGCAACCAAAGACAUAAACUACAACUACAACUUAGACAUCCCAGCAAUUGAAACUUCAAGUCAUGCAUCAAUAAAACAGAACAUAGCAGCCACAACGGAAUCUGGCAGAAUUACUGUGACCGGUGAAACUACUGGUAAUGGAAAGGGGUCCAUUAAAGACUACUCUGAUGAAGGUACACACACAAGCAGUGUAGUCUUCAACAUCAAUUUUAGGUCUGCCAAGUUAACUUUUGUUGGAGAAACAGACUGUAAGGCAUUGAAAUCAAAGCAAACACCGACUGCUGAAUCAGUGAUCUUAAGACAUAUCACUGUUGAAGCAAGAUAUGAAACUGAAGUUUCAUUUGUCAAGAAGAGUGUUAUGGUCAUAAAUGGGGAGACACAUACUGGGGGCUUGAAAGUUGCACAAACAGUCUCUCAUACUGCUGAGUUCACUGGAAGUCAGAUCGGAUCCAUGUCCAACUCAUUGGAAUUAAUGGCACAUCCAUUUGAGAUUGUGCUCGAUGUUAAGAAUAAAGUAGACUCAAAGAUUUUCCUCCCCCUGAAACUCACUGGUAAGGUGGAUCUCCUGCAUGAUUAUGGACUCAUACUAAACUCUGAGAAGCAACGUGCUUGUUGGUUUGCUUUGGCAAGAUUCAACGAGUACAAGUACAAUCACAACUUCACCGCAGAAAACAAUGAAAUAGACAUCUUCUUUCACUCAUCAGCUAAUGGGGAGGCUAAUUUGGACUUUCUGACUGUUUUUCUCUCUAUCCCAGAAAUAACUGUACCUUAUCUUGAAAUUAAAACCCCUGAGGUAAAACACCUUUCUCUGUGGGAAAAGGCUGGAUUAAAUACCUUGCUUGCCACUCCUCAACAGUCAUUUGAUAUGAACUUGAAGCUUCAUUACUACAAGAAUCGUGAUAUGCACAGCAGUGAAUUACAUCUUGAACCAAUUUACAGUGCAGUCAGUGACAAUGCUAACAUCAUCCAGGCUCAAUUUGAACAAUGUAGAGACAAAGUCAUUACACUUCUAAAAUGUUUCAACAACCAAGCAAAGUCACAGUAUAUUAAACACAAAAUUGACACUUCAACCCUUCCUCCUAGAAUCUUCACUCUCCCUGGAUACAAAAUACCAAUACUGAAUAUUGAUGUUUCUGCUUUCAGGGCUGAAAUGCCGGCUUUUAGCUACUUUGUUCUCAAAGUUCAAGCACUGGGUUUCUUUUUGCCAUCCUAUACCCUUGUGCUACCAUCUUUGGACUUACCUUUCAUCCAUGUUCCGGAAACUUUAAAAGCAAUAAUGCUGCCCAGUUUCACACUACUAGCCAUUCAAAACAACAUUGUGAUUCCAGCCAUGGGUAACAUAACUUGUACCCUCUCCUUGAAAUCUACGUUAAGUGCUAAUGCUGGCAUUUACAACCAGUCUGACAUUGUUGCUUGGUUUGGCGCUUGCUCAACAUCUGUGUUUGACAUUUUAAAUGGAAAAGUUGAUGGCACCAGUAGUUUGACAAGGAAGACAGGAAUAAAACUGGCCACCACUGUGUCCAUGAAGCAUAACAAUAUGGAACCAAACCAUGAAUGUACUGUUAGUCUUACCAAAAGGAGCAUGGAAGCUUCUGUUGCUAAAACUGAAAAAAUCAAUCUACCCUUCCUCAAUCUAGAAUUGAAUCAGUCUGUAGGCAAAGGAAACUUUCAUAUAAACUGGGCAUUGGAGGCACUUUCUUCCUAUCUGUCACUAGAGAUAUAGUCUGAGAUAAUGAUGAUGGAAGGUUGUAAAUUUGCUGGAGAUCUAGAGAAUGAAGCCAGUUUCUACUUUAAUGCAAAUCGUCUUUGUUCAACUGUCAGGACUGUCUUAAACCCAAACAUUAACAAACAGGACAAGCAAAGAAGCUCAAACAAUAAAAUCCUCCAGGUUGACUUGAAUAAGAACUUGGCUCUCUAUGUUUCCUUGUGGCAUAUGCUUACAACAGUUGAUUACACGAGCAAUAACAAUGUCGAUUCAGCAUCUUUCAAAACAAAUGGAAGACACAUUGCUAAAGGAGAACUAGAUUUUGUUCCUUUAACAGCCUUCAAGACUACGUUGAACAUUGAUGCAAGUCAGCCAAGUAGUUUCGGUCAUGCUGCACUCAUUCAGAGCAUCAAUCUUGCCAUCAGCUCAGAGAAGCAGUCCCUCAUCUGGAGUGGUAAGGAACAGCUGGCAUUUCUCAUCCAUGUUUAUGAUUUAUUCAUGUCUAAUGAUGAAUCUCAGGUAUGCAUGGAUUUGAUCGGAUCAGUGGAGGGCCACCUAGCUUUCUAGCUUUCAUCCCUCUGGGAUGUGCUCAAGUUUAAUCAGGUUAUAAAAAGGGAAAACAUACAAUUCCUUAACAUGUCUUACAACAUUGCAUACACAAAGACCAUGAAUGGCCAGGAGUAUGCAAUGCCAUCUAAACUAUUUGAAAAUGGAAUCACUUUCAGCAUCCCUGAGAUUAGCAUUACUGUGCCUUCUUGGGUAGAAGAAAUUCCACACUCCAUAAGGAACGUAGACCUGCGAUAUAAAAACUCUGAUAUCCCUGAUCAUCUCACUCUUCUCCCUGUGAUCUCAAUUCCAGCCUUUUUUCUGCCAUUUACCAGCUUGCAUGUGGAACCCUUUACAAUUGAUCCAAAGAAUCUUAACAUCCCUAAUGUGAUCACCACCACGGCCUUUCAAAUCAUGCUGCCUGGUUUGCCAAUAAUGUCAGUGCCAGGUUGUGAUAUUAAUAAAGAGUAUCUACAGGGGAAAAUGACAUUCCUUUCUUUCAAGAUGCCACAGUAUAGAAUUGCAGUCUCAUCUUUCACACUGCCAAAAUAUUUUACCAUUGGAGAGCAUACCAUCAGUCUAAAUGAAAUUACAAACCAGAUUUCAAACUUUGAUCUUCCAACCAUCGUCAUUCCAGAGUAAAUAAUAGAAAUCCCUGAAAUUGCCCUACAUCUGCCUUCUAGUGUGUUAAAGGUUUCCACUUUAAAGGUUUCCUCCCCUAUUUAUAGUUUGUCAGCAACUGCCAACCUGGAGAAAAAGGACUCUAGGCUUGUAAUUUCGCUGAAUUCCAUUUGCACUUCUACCAUGAUCUUCUUGGAGUAUGGCCUCUCUGCUAGUGCAAUGCUUGGAUUUGAUAAUGGAGUAAUCAAUGUAAAGGGGAAGUAAAACUUGAUUCACAGUGAUGUAAAUGUCGACCGGCAACAUGUUUUGGGACAAAACCUGAGGAUGAAACACAGAACCCUUCUGGCUGAUUCAGAGUCUUAUCAUACUCUCAAUGUUAACAUCAUCAGCCGAACAUUCGCUGAUGUGAGCUUCCGCUUUGCUUCCCGCAAAGAUGACAUCACUGCAUCUAUGUCUUCUGCAUCAACUGAGUUCCUUGGAUUGCAGUUUCAGCGAAGGUCUCCAUCACAGCUGUAUGGAAAACUGUUCAGUCAUUACCUGUCUACUCCUGAGAGGGAUACUGAUGUUUUCAUUGCCAAAGCCAUAAUGAGAAACUCUCAGAAGUUAAUCUUACAGAUGUCAUGGAAUUGGGACCUCCUCCAUGAAAUGAUUGAGGAGACCAAGGACAGGCUUCCUGCUAUGACCAAUGCUGUGCUCAAGUUAUAUCACACCACGCACUUUGGCUUUGACCUCAACCGUGGCAACAUGAAGCUGAAAAACACAGUUUCCAAUGUCAUGGAGAGAGCCUAUCAUGAGGUUCCUAUUUCUUUUAACACACUGCAGAGUUCAGUCAAAGAUGUUGGGGAUCAAGGAAAGGACAUGUACAGGAAGGCCUCUGACAGCCUGAUGUCCACAAAUGUGCAGGUUGUUAUAGACAGGUUUGCUUGUCAGGUUAGACAAGCCUUGAAAUGCAGUGAAGACCAGAUUUAUGUCUUGCUAGAUGCAGUCACUCAGUUUUUGAGUGACACAAAGUUCACAGUGCCUGGAUCUGAAGAGAAGCUCUCAAGCCUGGAGAUGUUCCAGCAAGCUCAUCGGUCUGUAUCAAAAGCCACUGACGGGGCAAUUCAAAGGUUUGCCAGCCUCAUGGAGAAGAUUUCUAGUUUAAUCAGGGGAAUGGAUUUCACAAUACUGGGAACUGGUGUUGUUGUUAAUGGAAAUGAGAUCAUGGAUAAACUGAAGUUUUCUACAAGCUUCUAUGAUCAGCUAAGACAGUCACUGCAUAGGAGGUUCAGUUUGCUUCACAAGACAGUUAAUAACCUCUUCGAGGUGACUGCUGAAAAAGGCGAGAAUUUAAUCACCUACUUACAAGAUGAAAAUGUCGAAAUUAAUUCUCAAAUUGAGUUCAUCUAUGCACAGGUUCUGCAGUCUUCAAAACAGCAUAUUGAGGAAGCAAAGAGACAUAUGGCUGAGUAUAAAGACCAUACAAAAUUGAAGAUUAAAGAGGCUUAUAAUGCUUUAAUUAUGGAGUGUGUAAAUAAAAAUACCAAGGAGUUUAUCAGUAUAUUGCAGUGACAUUUGUAUGGAGGACUUAAUGAAAGCGUAGACCUAAUGAAAAGGGCAUCUAAGAUCACAGCAACACACAUUAGGGUGAGCAAUAAAAAGACUGAUCUCGAAAUUCCCUUACCCUUCCUUUGGAAGUUUUUCAGUGAAUGGCCAAUGCAGUCUAGACAAUGAAUCAUUUAUCUCUUAAUAACAUGGUUUUAAUCUGGCUGACCAGAUUUGUAAGCCUCUCUGAAAAAAUGACUUUUUGUUUGAUGCCAAUAAAAAUUUGUUUAAGAGUGUUCUAACUCACAUGAAACAUGUAAUAGUUAUUCUUAUGUGAUAUUUCUUUAAAUUUUACGAUUUAUACAAUUAUGACCUACCAACGUUUAACUUUGUAACUGAAAAGUUACUGUUUGAUUUUUGUGUUCAAUUAAACAAUAACGAAUAUGGAUUUUUGUUUGUCAUACUGUCUCAACAUGUCCGUUGAUAUGAAAAAAUUGUUGCAAAGGGAGAAAUUU